UUUCCCAGUCAUUGAAGGGUGGGGGGCUUUUCCUACAGGAGGAGAAGGGAAUUUGGGCAAUAUGGAAAUCCGGAGGGUCCCUCUUCUUUCUGAUUCCCCUUGGCUGGAGGGAGAACCUGGCUUUUGCGUGUCUGCAGGAGAGAGAUCCCUAGUGUCCUUUGAGGAGGUGGCUGUGUUCUUCACAGAGGAGGAAUGGACUUUGCUGGAUGUAGGCCAAAGAGAACUCUUCUGGGAAGUUUUGGAGGAAAAUUAUGAGACCAGUGUCUCUGUGGGGAACUACAUUUCCCAGAAGGCCUUGCUAAUACCAAAUAAGUCACCCCUGCCUUUCCUAAGUGUUCAUGGGGCGGUUUUUCCACAAGACAGAGAUGGAAAUUUAUGGAAUAUGGAGUUCUACGGGGCCUCUCAUCUUUCUCAUUCCCCUUGGCUGGAGGGAGAAUUUGGUUCUUUCAUCUCUGCAGGAAAGAGAUCCCCAGUGUCCUUUGACGCGGUAGCCGUGUUUUUCACAGGGGAAGAAUGGGCUCUGCUGGAUCCAAGCCAAAGAAAACUCCUCUGGGAAGUGAUGAAGGAAAAUUAUGAGAUGGUGGCCUCUCUGGCUGCAGAUGUGAGAGACAUGGAAAGUGAGAAGGACUCAGAAAAAGUGGUUGUGGAAAAAGACAACAGUCCACAGGUGGAAGUGAAAUCUGGGGAUGAAAUGGUACAAAGGCGAGACUGCAGAAGAAAAUGGGAAGUAAAAGAGAAACAGAGGAAGGAAUUUGUUGGCUGUCAGAGUAGAAAUAAACCUUACUUCUCUGUCCAAAAUGAAACAUGGAAGAGAAAGGGAAGGCAUAAUGAUCCCAUGAAAGAAAAAGGGUUCAGCUGCAAAUUCAGUGUCAGAAAAUAUCAGACUGUUACGGCAUGCUGGAAAACAUAUAAUUGCUUGGAAUGUGGAAAGUGCUUCCGCUGGAGUACUGCACUUAAAAAACAUGAAAGAAUGCACUCUGGAGAAAAGCCAUAUAAAUAUUUGGAAUCUGGAAAUUGCUUCCCGUGGAAUGUCCACCUAACUGUACAUCAAAAAGUUCAUACAAGUGAAAAGCCAUUUAAAUGCUUUGAAUGUGGAAAGUGCUUCUCUGUGAAUAGCACUCUAACUAGACAUCAAAAGGUACACAAGGGGGUGAAACCAUAUAAAUGCUUGGAGUGUGGAAAGUGUUUUUUUCAGAAUGCUAGCCUAAUUCGACAUCAAAGGGUUCACACAGGAGAAAAACCAUAUAAAUGCUUAGAGUGUGGAAAGUGCUUCUCUGCGAAUGACACUCUCACUAGACAUCAAAAGGUUCACACAGGGGAGAGACCGUAUAAAUGUUUGGAGUGUGGAAAGUGCUUCUCUCAGAACAGUAACCUAAUUACACAUCAAAAGAUUCACACAGCAGAGAAACCAUAUAAAUGCUUGGAGUGUAGGAAGUGUUUCUCUUGGAAUGUCCUUCUAAGUGCUCAUCAAAGGAUUCAUAAGGCGAAGAAGCCAUAUAAAUGCUUGGAGUGUGGAAAGUGCUUCUCUGUGAAUAGCAACCUAACUAGACAUCAAAAAGUUCACACAGGAGAGAAGCUGUAUAAAUGCUUGGAGUGUGGAAAGUGUUUCUUUGAGAACAGUGCACUAACUACACAUCAAAAGAUCCAUACAGGAGAGAAGCCAUAUAAAUGCUUGGAAUGCGGAAAGUGCUUUUCUCAUAGUGGUACUCUAGCUGUACAUCAAAAGGUUCACACUGGGGAGAAGCCAUAUAAAUGCUUUGAGUGUGGAAAGUGCUUCUCUCAGAAUGGCCACCUAACUUCGCAUCAAAAGAUUCACACAGGGGAGAAGCCAUAUAAAUGCUUGGAGUGUGGAAAGUGCUUCUCUCGGAAUGACCACCUGACUUCACAUCAAAAGAUUCAUACAGGGGAGAAGCCAUAUAAAUGCUUCAUUUGUGGAAAGGCCUUCUCUUGGAAUGGUCACCUAAGAAAACAUCAAAGGAUUCAUACAGGGGAGAAGCCUUACAAAUGCAUGGAGUGUGGAAAGUGCUUCUCUUGGAAUGGCCAGCUAAUUAAACAUCAAAUGGUUCACACAGGGGAGAAACCAUAUGAAUGCUUGGAUUGUGGAAAGUGCUUCUCCAGAAAUGCCCACUUAAUUCGACAUCAAAGAGCUCACUCAGGGGAGAAGCCAUUUAAAUGCUCCAAGUGCGGGAAGUCUUUUUCUCUGAAUACCCAUCUAAUUGCACAUGAAAAGGUUCACACAGGGGAGAAGCCAUUUAAAUGCUUCCAGUGUGGAAAGUGCUUUUCACAGAAUGGCAGUCUAGCUAGACAUCAAAAGAUUCACACAGGGGAGAAACCAUAUAUAUGCUUGGAGUGCGGAAAGUGCUUCUCUCAAAAUGGCCACUUAACUAGACAUCAGAAGAUUCACACAGAGGAGAAGCCAUACUCAUGCCAAUUUUGUGGAAAGAGCUUCUGCCAGAGUACUGCACUAAAAACACAUGUAAGUAUGCACUCAGAGGAGAAGCCUCAUAAAUGUAUGGAAUGUGGAAAAUGCUUCUGUCUAAAUGCCCACCUAACUGCACAUCAAAGUAUUCAUAAGGUGAAUAAGCCUUAUAAAUGCGUGGCAUGUGGAAAGUGCUUCUCUUGGAAUAGCUACCUAACCUCACAUCAAAGGAGUCACACAGGAGAGAAGCCAUAUAAAUGCUUCGAAUGUGGAAAGUACUUCUCUUGGAACAACAGCCUAAUCACCCAUCAAAAGAUUCACAGAGGUGAGAAGCCACAUAAAUGCCUGGAGUGUGGAAAAUGUUUUACUCAGAUUAGCCACUUAACUGCACAUCUAAAGGUUCACACAGGGGAGAAGACAUAUAAAUGCCUGGAGUGUGGAAAGUGUUUCAUUCGGAAUAGCCACCUAACUGCACAUCUACAGGUCCACACAGGGGAGAAGCCAUAUAAAUGCCUGGAGUGUGGAAAGUGCUUCACUCAGAAUAAUCACCUAACUGCACAUCUACGGCUUCAUACAGGAGAGAAGAAAUAUAAAUGCUUGGAGUGUGGAAAGUGCUUCACUCAGAGUAAUCACCUAAAAGCACACCUAAAGGUUCACACAGGGGUGAAGCCAUAUAAAUGCUUGAAAUGUGGAAAGUGCUUCUCUCAGAAUAGCAGCCUAACUAGACAUCAAAAGAUUCACACAGGGGAGAAGCCAUAUAAAUGUAUGGAAUGUGGAAAAUGCUUCUCUCGGAAUAGCCAACUAAUUAAACAUCAGAAUUGUCACACUAUGAAGCCAUAUAAAUGCUUGGAUUGUGGAAAGUGCUUCUAUGAGAAUGGCCACCUAAUUCAACAUCAAAGGGUUCACUCAGAUGAGAAGCCAUAUAAAUGCUUUGAGUGCGGAAAGUGCUUCUCUCAGAAUUGUAGCCUCAAUAGACAUCAAAGGAUUCACACAGGGGAGAAGCCAUAUAAAUGUUUUGAAUGUGGAAAAUGCUUCUCUCGGAAUAGCCAACUAAUUAAACAUCGGAAUAGCCAACUAAUUAAACAUCAAAAGGGUCCCACUGUGAAGCCAUACAAAUGCAUGGAUUGUGGAAAGUGCUUCUAUGCUAAUGACCACCUAAUUCAACAUCAGGGGGUUCAUUCAGAUGAGAAGCCAUAUAAAUGCUUCAAAUGUGAAAAGUGCUUCUCUCUGAAUACCAACCUAACUGCACAUCAAAGGAUUCACAUAGAAGAGAAGCCGUAUAAAUGUUUGGAUUGUGAAAAGUGCUUCUCUUGCAGUAGCUACCUAACCACACAUCAAAGGAUUCACACAGGGGAGAAGCCAUAUAAAUGCUUGGAGUGUGGAAAGUGCUUCUCUCAGAAUUGCCGCUUAACUAGACAUCAAAAGGUUCACACAGGGGAGAAGUCAUAUAAAUACUUUAAGACUGGGAAAAGGUUACAUUAGAGUUUAAUUUUUACUUUACAUUAGAGUUGAAUCUUGUUACCCACAAGAUUCACACGGGAAAGAGUUAGCAUGCAGAAAACAAGUUGAAGUGGCUGAGCAGUCUUAUAAUAGUUGCUCUUGACAAGCCCCAUCACUGUGCCCAUUUCCCACCUUUCUGUCUAUCCUGCCUCUUUUUUAUCAACCAAAUAUAUGUAGUACUAUUUUGAUCAAAGACUACAUAGUUUUCUCUAUAGCCCUCUUAUGUUUCUGCACAAAAUCCUGCUCGUUAAUCGGUCAUUUAUGAAGGCAUUAAAGUUAAUGAAAAAAUGCUUUAAUUUUCCAGUGGGAAGGUAGAAUAAUCUGCAGUGGUGUCAAAUUGUGGAUUAAAUUUCACGGAGAUUCAGUCUGUGCAUGGCUACCAGCCAUAGUGACUAAAGGACAUCUUCACAUUCAGGGGAGUGAACCUCUGAAUAUCAGUGCCAGGAGGCAACAUCAGCUGAAGGCCUCGGUCUUUUUGCUUUGUUGUUGGCCCCACAGAGGAAGUGUUUGGCUGCUUUGGAAUAUGAUUUGUUGCACUAGAUGGAUCACUGGUUUGAUCCAGCAGGGUUUUCUUACAUUUCUAAAUAUCUGGGGUUGAUGGCCCUUGGGGUCUCUUCCAAUUCUAUGAUUCUAUGAUCAUCUAAAGCAAUUACAUGUCCAAUUCUGGCCAGAUGACCUCUUUGGGUAAAUCAAGAUAACAGGCAGAAUUUACCCUGCAGUUACAGCCUCUCUGUUCCCAACAUGUAAGUUAGAAGACUCAGAAUUGUAUGUAUAUUUGAUUUAUUUUCAUUCCAAUAGUUGUUAUGUUGUUGUUAAUUAUUUUUGAAAGUAAAAAUGUUGGGAUAGAACCUUACUUUCAAUAUUUUCCCUUAUAUUAGUCUAGUGUGUUAAUUUCAAGAUCUUCCCUAAGGUCAUAUAUUCAAGUCAGCAGUUGGUUGAGAAUGGUUGCCUGAACCUGCUGGAAUUACUCAUUACCAUAGAUUAAAACGGUUUGAAUUA